CGGUUUUUCCUAGUCUAACUCCUUUUAAUAAAAUGACCCGAUAAAACCAACCGUAAAAUUAGGGUUUAUAUCCAUAUCCCUAAAUUGACAUUUGCAGUGUAAAUGGCGGAUUCGUCGGAGGGGGAGGAUGAAGGGAAGCUGACCUGUGGAAACCAGCUGCUUGUGGUGGAAAAUGACCUCCGUGAAAUGGCGAAAAUGGCUGCAUGGAGCGUCAGCUCUUGCAAGCCUGGAAAUGGUGUCGUUUCUCUUCGAGAUGACAACCUAGAUACCUAUUGGCAAUCAGAUGGUGCGCAGCCUCAUCUAGUUAAUAUCCAGUUUCAGAAGAAAGUAAAACUGAAGCUAGUAGUUCUGUAUGUUGAUUUCAAGCUUGAUGAGAGUUACACACCUAGUAAGAUAUCAGAGAUAAAAGCAGUGGAACUUGUUAAGCCAGCUGGAUGGGUGUACAUACCGUUAUCUGGGACGGAUCCAAGGAAUCCUAUCCCACACCAACCAUUUCAGUUUACUUCGACUGAGUUCAUUACUUACAGUACUCUGAGAUGAAGUGAAUCUUUGGUUGAAAUAGAGAAAUUAAAAGUAUCACGAUUUGUACCUUUUAUAGGAAGAUGAGGUUAUUAUCGUAAUUUCUAGAGAGGUCAUGCUUUUGAAAAAUUGCUCAAUCUGUUGUACUGAUUCGUCAUGAUAUUCCGCGAAUGGGCUGAGUAAUUUUGAAUCAAUUGUAGGUUUGUUGACAUGAACUACCAGAAGUUGCAGUUCAGAGGUGUCAGUUUUUCACAAAUUGGUGACUUUUAGUUAUGUGCAUGAGCCCCUUCUGAGAUCCAAGUAUGAUAGUUUAAACUUACUGGGCAUGUUGGUUUUCAAUUAUUUAAUGCACUGCCUAGUUUGUCAAAUUUUUCAAGUCGCCCCUUGUCUUUGUAUUGUAUUAAUAUUUUGCAUUUCUUUUCCUGAAGAGAGCAAGAAUAUUUUGUAAUGAAAUGAUAUUAGUCACCAUGAAGUGUUGCAAAUGAACAUUCCAC